CCACGUCACUGAUUCACCCUAGUGAGUAGUGACCUCUAGUCUCUCCCUCAAAACAAGAGUCAUCCCGGAAACCCUCCAAUUCAAUCCCUCUCCCUUCCAGAUUUUUCUUUCUUCUACGUGAUGCCAUGACGACGAUGUCUUCAACGCCAACAACAAGCGGAUCCCAUGACAAAACGGUCAUCGGAUACCCGGCUCAGUCGAGCCAAGUCGCAGCCGGCUACCCAGCCGCCCCGACCGCCUACCCCUAUGCGGUCCAACCUCCCUCCUACACACGACUCUACCAACGCCGCGUGGGCCCCACCGGUAGCCGCAGUGGGUCCUCGUUCUUUUGCCGUCUGAUUAUGGCCGCGGCCGCGUUGUUCGCGAUCCUGGGCGUGGUUUUCUUCAUCACAUGGCUAGUCCUCAAGCCCCAGCUUCCCGAGUUCCGGGUCGACUCGGCCUCCGUGUCCCCACUCAACCUGACUGGCUCUGAGUUAACCGCCACGUGGAACCUAACCCUCUUGGUCCGCAACCCCAACACCAAGCUCCGCAUCUACUACGAGAGCGUCCAGGCCUCGCUCGUCUACGGGAACGGCCCGGACGGGUUACUACUCGGUACGACAACGUUGGCUCCCCUCUUCCAAGGGAAGAAAAACGAGACCCGGAUCCGGGUCGGGCUCUCAGUGGUGGGCGAGUACGUGGGCGAGGACGUGGUGACCAAGAUUUCAGGCGAGAGGGCUCGUGGGUCGGUGGGAUUCGGAGUCAGAGUGUUUGCUUGGGUCAGGUUUAGAACUGGGUCUUGGUGGAGGUCGAGGCAGUGCUUGUUGCGGGUUUACUGUGAUCAGGUCCAAAUCGGGUUUGGGACGAACAACGGGUCAGGGUCUUUGACGGGUCAACCCGGGGCUUGCGAGGUUGAUCUGUGACUGUGAGUAGUAGUUAUUCAUAAAAAUUUCAAAUGGGUCUUGUCACUCUUGUAGUAUGAUAGACAAUGUUAAUCCCAUUGUUUGAAACCAGUAAUAUAAAUAAUAUUAUACAUCAUGCGCGAUUCUAAA